CAGACACUGUACAAGAUGUACAACAACUGCGAGAUCGUCAUGGGCAACCUGGAGAUUGUGCUGAUCGACCACAACCAGAACCUGUCCUUCCUGCAGACCAUCCGAGAAGUGACGGGCUACGUCCUGAUCGCCAUGAACGUCUUCACGUACCUGCCCCUGGGGAACCUGCGCGUCAUCCGGGGCACGCAGCUCUACGAGGACAAACACGCCCUCUUCGUGCUGCUAAACUACCACACCAACGGCUCGCACGCCCUCCGCCAGGUGGGGUUCAACCAGCUCACGGAGAUCCUGGCGGGCGGGGUUGACAUCGAGAGGAACGAGCACCUGUGCCACGUGGACACCAUUGAGUGGAGAGACAUCGUCCGGGACCCGCUGAUGGACCCAGUGGUUCGGCAGAAUGGCAGGAAGUGUGCCCCCUGCCAUGAGAGCUGUGACGGACACUGCUGGGGCCCGAAUCCAGAGGACUGCCAGAAAUUGACCAAGACCAUCUGCGCCCCCCAGUGCAACGGGCGCUGCUUCGGGCGUAACCCCAGCGAGUGCUGCCAUGACGAGUGUGCGGGGGGCUGCACCGGCCCCCGCCAGGCUGAGUGCUUCGCCUGCCGCCACUUCAACGACAGUGGGGCCUGCGUCCCCCUGUGCCCGCAGCCGCUGAUCUACAACAAGCUCACCUUCCAGCUGGAGCCCAACCCCGACACCAAGUACCAGUACGGGGGCAUCUGCGUGGCCAGCUGCCCACAUAACUUUGUGGUGGAUCAGAGCUCCUGCGUGCGGGCCUGUCCGAAGGACAAGAUGGAGGUGGAGAAGAACGGCCUGAAGAUGUGUGAGCCGUGCCCUGGACUCUGCCCUAAAGCCUGCGAGGGGACGGGCACCGGGAACAAAUACCAGACGGUCGAUUCGAGCAACAUCGACAGGUUCGUCAACUGCACCAAGAUCCUGGGCAACCUGGACUUCCUCAUCACGGGGCUGAACGGGGACCCCUGGCACAACAUCUCGGCCCUGGAUCCGGAGAAGCUGAACGUCUUCCGGACGGUGCGGGAGAUCACGGGUUAUCUGAACAUCCAGUCGUGGCCCAAACACAUGUACAACUUCAGUGUCUUCUCCAACCUCGUCACCAUCGGGGGCCGGAGCCUGUACAACCGCGGCUUCUCCCUGCUGAUCAUGAAGAACCUGAACGUGACGUCGCUGGGGCUGCGCUCGCUGCGGGAGAUCAGCGCCGGGAGGGUGUACAUCACCGAGAACCGGCAGCUCUGCUACCUCCACACCGUCAACUGGGGGGCGCUCUCCCGCCGCAGGCCCGACCUGGAGAUCAAGGACAACAGGCCCUGGGCCAAGUGCGUGCAAGAAGGGAAGGUGUGUGACCCGCUCUGCUCCAGCGACGGCUGCUGGGGGCCCGGCCCCGACCAGUGCAUCUCCUGCCGCAACUACAGCCGGGACGGGACCUGCGUGGCCACCUGCAGCUUCUCCCAGGGGGCAAUCCGGGAAUAUGCCCGUGAGGGCGCGUGCUACCAGUGCCACCCGGAGUGCGAGAGGAUGGAGGGCAACCUGACCUGCAACGGCUCGGGUGCGGACGCCUGCGUGCGAUGUGCCCGGUACAAGGACGGGCCCCACUGUGUGGACAGCUGCCCUGAGGGCAUCCUGGGCGAGCAGGGGCCCAUCUACAAGUACCCGGACGCCCACCACGAGUGCCGCCCGUGCCACGAGAACUGCACGCGGGGGUGCCUCGGGCCGCAGCUCCAGGACUGCGUCACAGAGCCCCUGCCCGUCGCCAGGAAAAGCCCCACGGUCAUAGCGGUGAUGGUCGUGAGCUGCCUCUUCAUCUCCUGCUCCUGCUUCCUACUCAUCCUCCUCUACUGGCGCGGGAAGAGGAUCCAGAAGAAGCGGGCGAUGCGCCGCUACCUGGAGAGGGGAGAGAGCCUCGAGCCCCUGGACCCAAGCGAGAAAGCCAACAAGGUGCUGGCCCGGAUCUUCAAGGAGACGGAGCUGAGGAAGCUGAAGGCGCUGGGCUCGGGCGUGUUUGGGACGGUGCACAAGGGCGUCUGGAUCCCGGACGGAGACACCAUCAAGAUCCCCGUCAGCAUCAAGGUGAUAGAGGACCGGAGCGGCCGCCAGACCUUCCACGCUGUCACCGACCACAUGCUGGCCAUUGGCAGCCUGGAGCACGCCUACAUCGUGCGGCUGCUGGGCAUCUGUCCCGGGACGCAGCUGCAGCUGGUGACGCAGCUCCUGCCGCUGGGCUCACUGCUCGACUACGUGCGCAAGAACAAGGACGCCAUCGGGCCGCAGCUGCUGCUCAACUGGUGCGUGCAGGUUGCCAAGGGCAUGUACUACUUGGAAGAGCAUCGCAUGGUCCAUCGGAACCUGGCCGCCCGCAACAUCCUGCUGAAGUCGCCCAAUCAGGUGCAGGUGGCGGAUUUCGGGAUCGCCGACCUCCUCUACCCCGACGACAAGAAAUACUUCUACAAUGAGAUCAAGACUCCGAUUAAAUGGAUGGCGCUGGAGAGCAUCCACUUCGGGAAGUACACGCACCAGAGCGACGUCUGGAGCUACGGCGUGACGCUGUGGGAGAUGAUGACGUUCGGGGCAGAGCCCUACGCGGGGAUCCGGCUCGCCGAGGUGCCCGACCUGCUGGAGAAAGGCGAGCGGCUCAUGCAGCCCCAGAUCUGCACCAUCGACGUCUACAUGGUGAUGGUGAAAUGCUGGAUGAUCGACGAGAACGUCCGUCCCACCUUCAAGGAACUGGCCAACGAGUUCACUCGCAUGGCCCGGGACCCGCCCCGCUACCUGGUCAUCAAGAGGGAGAGCGGGCUGCUGCCCCCCGCGGAGCCCCCCCUGAGCGACAAGGAGCUGGAGGACAUGGAGACGCUGGAGCUGGAGGAGGAGCUGGGCCCCUUCAACACGGCAACCGGCCUCUUCGCCUCCAGGCAGCGUGUGGACUACGCCCGGAGCCCGAACCUGAGCCCCCCAGCCGGCUACAUCCCCAUGAACCAGACCGGCCUCAGUGGCUGCCGCCAGGGCCCCGGGCUGGGCGCCCGGCAGGCUCUGCGGGUCCGGCAGGAGUCGGUGGGCCGGACGGUGUCGGAGUCGUCGGAGGGCCGGGGCACAGCCUCGGAGGGCGAGCUGAUGGAGGAGCUCUCCCUGCCGGGCCUGCGCUCCCGGGGCGACAGCGCCUACCUCUCCCAGCGCGAGAGCUUCCCCCUGUCCGCGGGCACUACCGACGGCGAGGACGACGUCAACGGCUACGUCCUGCCGGAUCACCACAGCCGAGAGCGAGUGGCCAGCGUCGCCCGGGCGGCGCGGGACGGGCCCCUGGGUCGCGCCUCGGAGCUGGAGGAGGAGGAGUACGAGUACAUGAACAGACGCCCCCCGCAGCCCCGGCCGGCCUCCCUGGAGGAGCUGGGCUAUGAGUACAUGGACCUGGGCUCGGAGCGGAGCGCCUCCCUGGGCAGCGUGCUGAGCUCCCAGCUGCCCGUGGCCGGCUGGGAGGUGGCCGCGGCCGAGGAGGACUACGAAUACAUGAACAAGCAGCCCAAACUCAGCCAGUCCCUGAGCAGCGUGCUGAGCUCGCCGGGGGCCGGGCGGGACGACUACACCUGCAUGAGCGCGGCCGUCCCCCGGGGCUCCCCCGACGAGCAGGGCUACGAGGUGAUGGAGGCCGUCCUGGCUCCGGGGAGUGGGCCGUGCCUGGGCUGCCAGAGCUCGCCCUGCCCCAAGAACGGCUUCAUGAAACCCCUGCGGAGCCUGGAAGCCUCGGACUGUGCCUUCGACAACCCCGACUACUGGCACAGCCGGCUGUUCGCCAAGGCGGACGCCCAGUGCACCUAG